AUGAACGGCCACCUGGAGGUGGUGCGACUUCUACUGGAUAGGGGAGCGGACCUGACUGUGGCCACUAGAAAUGGCUGGACUCCCCUUGGUGUUGCAGCUAAUAGUGGCCAUCUGGAAGUGGUACGACUUCUGCUCGAUAAGGGAGCCGAUCCAACUAUAGCUACCAGUGAUGGCUGGACUCCUGUUAAUUCUGCUGCAAGCCAGGGCCAUUUGGAGGUGGUGCGACUUUUACUGGUCAGGGGAGCCGAUCGGACUAUUCCAAACAGCCUAGGAAUGACUGCCGUCGACUCUGCAAUGAUGAGAGGACAUUGGGAGGUGGUGCAACUUCUGCUGGACAAGACAGCCGAUCUGACUCCUACCAUGGCUUACUUGGAUCGCCUCCCUGACCCUCCUCUCACCUUGAAUUGUCUCCCUGGGUUUAAUCUCCCAUUGGACUACUUGCCAGAAAUCAUGAACGCCAUCACCGACAAACCAGACUGGGACCGAAAGAUUUUUGAAGAGUCGAUUACUGCGAAGUGGCGGAUGGAAGUGCUGGGCAGCUCAAAUGAGAUCACGCCAAAAAUGAUGGAUUGGGUCCUUGAUGAAUUGCGCUACAAAUCGGAGUUGUUCCAAAAAGAGGGAAUUAUUUCCGCGUUUGACGGAGAUAUAGUGAAGUCUGAUACAGUAAUUUCAGAAGAGCUUAAGAAAGCCCUGAAGAUGGCAGUGCGGCCCUUGGAGAACAUCCCUGACGAGCAGAAAGACUACCAUCCUGGCUCUAAUAAGCAGGUAGUGGAUCUGUUACACCCAUCGCUAUUUCCUCUUGUUUACGGCCGGAGCCGGAUCCUCCAAGAUAGUGUGGUAGGGCUUGAUGACUUUUUAGCACGUUCAGGCAAUGGUGAGGUCCUGGCUGUCCCUCCCGCCAGCACAUCUAAAAGAUAUGCACGCUACGCGACGCAAGUCGAAAAAAUCCCUCUUUAUAGUCAAAAGUUUCAAUGGCUGCCUUGCAACGUCAAAUUUGAUCCGUCUUCUAAUAAGUGCCAUAUUGUAUCUUACAUUAACAACUUGCGUCCUGACAAGCAUCGUGACCUCUAUAGAGUUAUUGAGGAAAUAAUUUCCCGAGCCAUCCCUCUCUGGAACAUGACUCUCACACCUCUAUUUCAUAACGAAGUGCGACCGAAUAGAGUCGAAUUUACAUCUGUUAAGUACUUACCAGGGACUACUCCGGAUCCUCAAGAGCCCGAACAAGAGGACGGCGAGACAGAUGAGGACUUCGACAAUCGUUACGACGACUACCGUGAGCGCUACCUUGAUUUGAUAGCAACUCGUACAGUUGCCCCCCCUGAAAUUGGAGCUUUUGACCCGUCUUUUUUCUCCGGGCAGGAACCGUUUGACUUGCAAAGUAAAUUCUGUGAAAAUGGGCUGCAAGUCAUUGUGAAAUUGGCCAAUAUCGAGUUAACACCUGAAAAGCCAAAGUAUAAUGGGGGUUCAUGGCAUGUUGAAGGACAACUACCAAGCUCCCUCGAGUUUCGCCAACGUCUGGAAAACGAUGACUUGGAUGGAGAUAUAAGCUACGAGCAGGAUCAUAAAAGCUGGUUAAAACAGGUAUUUGGCUGCGAUAAUGAAGGUCCAGUCACCCAAGACCUAGGCAAAGUGUCCUGUCGCGAAGGUCGUAUUAUAACGUUCCCAAAUAUUCUACAACACCGCGUCUCGCCCUUCCAGCUAGCCGAACCAUCAAGGCCUGGCCACCGCAAGAUAAUUGCUCUGUUCCUUGUCGAUCCGCACAUACGCAUUAUCUCUACAGCUAAUGUUCCUCCGCAGAGAGCAGACUGGUGGGAGGGAACUCUGGACGUGAGAAAGGAUCUGCUUAGCAGGAGGCUUCCUGUGGAGCUCCAGAAAAUGGUCCUCCAGCAAAUGGACAAUUUCCCCAUAACGAUGGACGAAGCCAAGGAACUCCGGCUGGAACUGAUGGAGGAACGGAGCGUGUUUUCAACGGCUCAGAAUGAUGAAUUCAACGAUGGAGAUUUUGGUCUCUGUGAGCAUUAA